ACUAAGUGAUAACAUGUAACAAAGUACACCUGUACACCUGAGCAGAGCCACUCCUUGUCUAGAGUGGUUCAGAGAUGGUUGAUUAGCUGAAGAAAGAGGUUGGCCUAAAAAGGACUGCCAAGGAUUGUAAUUUUGUUUGGGAGAAUUUUUUUGAAGACUUUAAUGUAUUUGAAUAUACAUAUGAUUUGGAAUUCCAUCCACAGCAGCAAGAAUACAUUUUUUUCUCCUGUUUAUAUGCACUCUUGAAGAAAAUGUGGCAUAGGAACGUAGUGGUCCUUCUUCUUUUCUGCUCUCUAAGUCCCUCAAUUGUUCGUGGCCGUGUGUAUUUCAUCUCCAAAAACUUUUACAAUGUUCUUCACUGGGAUCCUGUGAAGCCAGCUUUUCCAGGCCAAAAGGUUCUCUAUAGCGUGCAGUACUGGAGGGGUGAUGAUCAGCACUACUUGAUAAAAGAUGAGUGUCAAAACAUCACCAGGCUGUCAUGUGACCUAACUGCAGAAACCCCAUCAGUGUAUGAUGUUUACUACAGAGCUAAAGUAAUGGUUAAUGGGAGCUGUCAUGACAUCACUACCUCCUUUAAGCCCUUGAGAGACACUGUCCUUGGUCCACCACUUUUGUCUAUUCGCACAACAGCGUCCACCCUGCAUGUCAACAUCACUGUGCCAAAUGGGCCAAAUGAAGUUUCCAUUACAGAUAUCAUCAACACCACCAAAAAAGCUGUGGUUGAGUACACCUUAAAAAUAACCUAUCCACAGUGGGCUGCACAGGUCGUCAAAAGCAAAAAUAACCACUUUGACAUCAACUUAAAGUAUAACCAGUCCAAAUACUGCGGCCAUUUGGUUUACACAGCUACUCCAGAAUGGGGUCGCUCAGUCAGUGAGAAUGCAUCCUUCUGUGUAACUCUGCCAGAUGAUCCUCAUAUACCUUUUCUGUGGCCUCUCCUGGGUGCUGCUGUCCUGGCAGGCAUAGUCAUAGUAUCAGCUGUGUGUGUGUGCAACUAUGUGAAAGGUGGAGACUCAAAGAUUAUGACCAUAAAGUCACUGCAGGUAAUGCCCUUCCAGAAACUGAAAAUUAUGGAACAUCCAGAUAAGAAUCUCAGGAUUUCUGAAGUUUCUAUCAAUGACGGAAACCAAAUAGUUCACAACAAAGAAAAGACACCUCCAACUAGUGUUAAGAACUCUGCGUAUCGCCAGCAAAAGCCUGACAUAAGUGCUCAGUCUUCUGGAAGCUACGCUGCAGUUGUAGUCCAGCCCCAGGAUGAAGAAAAUGAAAGGAAUUUUCAGCCGCCUGAUACCAUGCACAGAUGUUCUUCUUUGCUGCCUUUCACAGAAAGCAGUGAAGAAGAACCCCAGAUAGGAGGAGGAAUUGCAAGUUGGAGUAAUCCCGAGCAGCAGCCACUGGUGCUACAAACUGUAAUAGACAUCAAUGGUCAACUUCAACUUUCAUUUCCACUAAUGGGUAACCCUGGUGAAUUACAGAUGAACACAGAGAGGAAGCUUCUCUUAUCAGAUGUAACCUGCCAGGAUGGACCAUUUAACUCUUUUGAAAGAGUGGACAGUUUAGAUGGGAGAGAUUCUGGCUGUUAUGAUAGCUUGGUUAACACACCAACCAGCUUAUACUGCAACACCAGUUACUCCUCUGAAACAACGGUUCCUGAUUUUCAGCAAGAAUGUCAGACCACGCUUCAUGGUGAUGCCAUAUUUCAAUCAGGGUACAAACAAAACUGGAUGCCUGAAAGGCCACAUGAACCCAUCAACAUUCACAGACACUUGGACCUUUAUUAGUCAAGAAAAAACAGAAAGAUGAUAUUCGGAGACAUGAAGGUCAGGUGUGAAAAGGAAAUGACAAACUUUCGUACACCACAACAAUAUACAAAUUCAACAUUUGUCCAGCUUUUUUACUCUAUAAAUCCACUUCCCAAGCAAUAUCCAUCAAGGAAUGUUUUCCCCCAGCUUUUUAAAGCAAAGAGUAAUGGAAGAAGAAGUUGACCUGGAAAAUGGGGCCCAGAAGGAAAAUGUAGGACUUGGGAAAAACCAGCAGAUUUGUAUGAAAGUACUGAUUGUUAUGUAAAAGCAGUUCUGUAUGUAAAUUGUCAUUCCUUACUGUGACAAAGAAUGGUUUAUAGUGUUUCUCAUUAUUUUACAUAUUACUAUUUAUAACUUACAUGCCACAAAUGACACAAGCACAUAAUGCCAACACAUAUGCAUGUACUAUGAAUGCAUUUGUGUGCCAGUGCCACAACUACAUAGAGAUCUAUAGAUCUAGUACAUUGUGACUAAUUUUCUAUCUCAGGUUUCUUUAGGGUUUGUUCUAUUUCCGUUUUGCAAAAUCUGAUUUCUUUUAAUAAUUAACCUAAGACCCAAGAUUCAAAAUAUGAGUUUUUACUAAUUGAAAGGUAAUAGACUUUUCUCAAUUUGUGUCACAUAUCUACAAAUAGAGUAAAGUUAUCCAGAAUACUAAAUACAUAUCUGCUUUGUCAUUUACUCAUCUCACUGACUAAUAUUUUUACAAGACUCAAAAUGCAGUUGUGCACUGUUUCACAAGAAAUUAGUGACGAGAUGAAUAAUUCAUUUUUUCCAAACAUGUAUAAGCCUUUUUGUCCUUGUGGAUCAUUAUUCAUAUAAUGAGGAGUGGAGAUGUCACCUUUUGUACGAGAGAGCAGUCAUUGUUACAUAGGGUUGACGGUAAAUACAAAUUCAAUAUUUUGAAACUGAGAAGACAUAAUUGCAGAGGUAGCAUUUUAAGCUAGCCUGGUAAAAAAAACAGCCCCAUGCCCUUUAUUUUGCUUUGUACAGAUGGUCGGGACCCUCAGUUAUUGAAAGAUGACUUAUUUUUGGAGGCAGUUGUGCAUUCUGCUAAAAUUUUAAAUGAUUAGAUCUCAUUUUACCAAGACAAUAACAUUUGACCAUGAUGUAUGCAAUGUGCCAGCUCAAUCAUGAAGAAGCUUAUUGUAAAUUGUAUGCACUGUGAACAACCAUCUCCCUCUGCAAAGAGAAAAGCAACCAUAGGCAGACUACAGUUCUAAAACAACCCAGAAGUUCAAUAUUGUUGUUCAAAACUACUUUUGUUUGCGGAUUGGCUAGGAUGAAAUGCAUCCUGAGAAAUUGAGCUCAGUUGGAGAAAUUUCAGACAGAGCAUUGAAGGAAGAUGUACUUACAGUUGACUGAGUUAACAUUUCAAACAUUAAACAGUCUCCCUACACAUGUACUACAAGUAUUCCCCCUCCUUACAACUCAAAAUAAAUGCAUUAAUUUUUUAAUUAUCUAUGUUUCAAUACAGAUGGAGAUGGACAAAAUUUUCACUAAUUUUCUAGGGCAUCAUUACUAUAUACUGUUCUAGUUAUUUAUGCAAUAUAGUUUUCACUGUUAUUUUACCACAAUGCGACCAUCAGUCUGAAAGUUUUCUGAAAACAAACCUCCCUGUGCUAUUGUUUACCGAGCCACAAUGUAACAUUUGUCAGUUAGAGACAUGGAAAAAUAACUUUUUGGGCUUUUGAAAUAGAUGGAAGAUGAAACCACAAACUAGCACAUUUUCUUCCCAUCAUAUUUCAGUAUUAUUUAUGAUGCAUAGAAACUCAUACCUUACAUUGUGUCUUGAAAUAAACAAAUAAAAUGUUUUUCAAACUUGUUUUAAAUUUGUACAGACUGUUUGCUGUUCUUUUAGUGAAGGAAAAAAUAACCUGUGCCACAAUAAAGUAAUAUUAGGAGGUAGUAAGGUGCAGUAAAAGCCACACUGAGAAGAGGUAGGCUUUUAAAAGCUUGAGUGCAAUCUUUUAUGUGCAGCUGUAAAGUGAUAAUGUGAGGCGUGUUCAAAUUGAUAGGAGUAACUAUGUACAAAACAUUGAAAAUGUAUAUCUAUGCUGUACAAAAUGUCACGUUGAUUUCUCUUGAAUGUCUGUGUUGUAAAGUAAAAAUUACGAGUGUACAUACAUAUAUGUGUAUAUUUUUAAACUAGUGAAAACUUCCUUUAAGUAAUGGGAUUGUCAACUGUGGGAAAAAAUUAAAUUGUGAAUACUGUUUUGGAUUUCUAAGUCGCAGAGGUCAAAAUAUCUAGAGCAUUAAGUUUGAUAAGUGAUCACUCUGUGCAAAGAGACAUUUGUCAUUUGAUAAAAGGGGAGAAAAAUGACAAAACGCAAAAAAAGUUCAGCAUGACAACCUUUUUGCAAGAAGUGAGUGUUUUCAGUCAAAGUGUGCUUAAGCUCAUGAAACAGUUCUAGUUCUGUGUUUAUAUUGUUCUAUAUUACAGAAUUUGUAUUAAAAUGAAAUGCCGAACAAAACACUUUAGUCACUUUCCUCAAAGAAUGACUACAAUAAACAUGAAAUGCCAAACCA